GGAGGAAUGGCUCCACAUGGCCUCACUCGCUGCGCCGGAAAGCGUUGCUGUCUCUUGUGGCGACGGAUGGGGAAGCGCUGAGUCGGGCGCCGGGCCCGAGAGGGUUAAAUUUGACAGGGUUUGGUGCAGGAAAGGCUGGAGUUGCCCAGCUGAAGAUGGCGGAGGCGCAGGUCCAGGUGCCGGUGCUGUUGUGCUUCGCAUCGUUCUGCCGGCCAUGCGCGGUGCCGCUCGGCGCCGGGCACGAGGUGCUGGUCCAGAAGUUUCUGGCGCUGUACGGCGGCUUGAUCGGCGUGCACCGAAAGUUCGUUAUGCAGCAGUAUUCGGCCGAGUGGGGCGACUACAUCGACCUGCCCAAGGGCUUUGCCGUCAGUGAGCGGUGCAAGCUGCGGCUGGUGUCCCUGCAGGUGCCGAUUACCUCACUUGGAAACCUCGUAGCUUCCAGCACCGUGUUUUUCUGUUGUGAUAUGCAGGAAAGAUUCAGGCCUGCAAUCAAGUAUUUUGGAGAUAUCAUAAGUGUGGGCCAAAGACUGCUCCAGGGUGCCUACAUUUUGGGAAUUCCCGUUAUUGUCACUGAACAAUAUCCAAAAGGACUUGGGAGUACUGUAGCAGAAAUUGAUGUGACAUCAGCCAAACUGGUUGUGCCGAAAACUAAAUUUUCAAUGGUUGUACCAGAGGUGGAAGCAGCUCUCAGUGAUAUCCCAGGCAUUCAAAGUGUUGUGUUAUUUGGUGUGGAGACUCAUGUCUGCAUACAACAGACUGCUCUGGAUCUGAUUGGAAGAGGCCUUGAAGUGCAUAUUGUAGCUGAUGCAACUUCUUCGAGAAGUAUGAUGGACAGAAUGUUUGCUUUGGAGCGUCUAGCCCGCACGGGGAUUAUAGUUACUACCAGUGAAGCUGUACUUCUGCAACUAAUUGGUGAUAAAGAACAUCUUCAUUUCAAGGAAAUUCAAAACCUCAUCAAAGCAAGUGCACCACAGUCGGGGCUUUUAUCCAAGGUCUAAACAAGUAAAGGUAUAAUAAAUCAUCUGGCAAAGGAUUCAUCCAAAAAAAAAAUGAAGAUAUGUUUAAUAUUGACAUUCAAGGGACAUCAAGCAAGUGUUUAAAAUCGUCGAGUAACAAUAUGAUCUUUUUAUAGUCACAUAUUCUGUGCUGUCCAUCUGUUACUAUUGUACGCUUUUAAUAUUAUAGAUAUUGUGUAUUAUGGAAUAGUAUUCCAUGAAGGUUAACGGGGGCAUAUUUAUGCAGGAAUAAAUUGUGUAAAUCUGGAGUAAAUUUGCAUGAUUUUUGAUUGCACAUUGUAAAUGCAAGAUUUUGUUAUGUAGAGUCAGUUUGUAAACUAUUGCAAUCAAUUAAACAGCUCUGAAAUAUAUGAUAUUAUUCAGAGUGUAUGUUUGAUUGAAGGAGAUCUGAUUGGUAGUAAAUAUUGAACAUGAGCCCAAGAUGGCAUAAAUUGCAAUUGAAUGUGGGUAUGUAAAGGGGCCUGGGUUGGUCGAAUAAUGUACAUCCAUUGGUAUAAAAAAUAUUUUAUGUUGUUGAAUGUUAUAAAACAAAAAAAUCCCAUUUCUGUUAUGCUUGUGUGUGUGUGUGUGUGUACAUAUAUAUAUAUGAAAUAAAUCAGCCAAACUAUGGCUUUCAGUGCCUAUAACACCAAA